CAGCCUCGCCACCUUCCUGGCGAAGGGGAGUCCGAUUCACGACAGUGGAUCGUCUCACUGCUUCCUUGUCGACUUGACCCAACGGAAUAUCGCCCAAACUCCACACCCGAGCUCACUCGCACACACGAAGGCAAAGCGGACAGUGCACUGUAUUUGUGGGCGCCACGAUGGCAAACCAAACGUCCAAUAUGAGGGGCCUGACCUCGUUCAUUGCGGAUCUCAGAGCGUGCAGGGUCCGAGAACUAGAGGAGAAGAGAAUUAACAAAGAGAUGGCCCACAUUCGUCAGAAGUUCAAAGAGGGCGCGCUCGACGGCUACUCCCGCAAAAAAUACCUGGCCAAAAUUCUCUUCACAUCCAUCCUGGGCUACAAUGUCGACAUUGGACACAUGGAAGCCAUCAAUCUGAUCUCCUCCCCCAAAUACUCCGAAAAGCAGAUUGGCUACUUGGCCAUCACGCUGCUCAUGCACGAGAACUCGGAUCUGAUCAGGCUAGUUGUCAACUCUAUCAGAAAGGAUCUGGAUGAUCUCAACGAGAUCAACAAUUGCUUGGCGUUGCAUGCUAUCGCGAACAUCGGCGGCAAGGAGAUGACGGAAGCGCUGGCUGAUGAUGUUCAUCGGCUACUGAUAUCCCCCACGUCGAAGAGCUUCGUGCGGAAAAAGGCGGCUCUGACGCUGCUGAGACUGUACAGAAAGCAUCCGGAGGUCAUGCCCGCGGAAGAGUGGGCGUCUCGCAUUGUGGCGAUCAUGGACAAUGAGAAUCUGGGUGUUGCCCUCGCAGUCACAUCCCUCGUGAUGACGUUGGCUCAAGACCAUCCCGAAGCGUACACGAUUUCAUACGCCAAGGCUGUAGAUCGGCUGCACAAGAUCGUCGUGGAAGAGGACUACACCAACGAAUACGUGUACUACAAGGUCCCUAUUCCAUGGCUGCAGAUCAAGUGCCUGAGGUUACUGCAGUACUACCCGCCCUCUGAUGAUCCCACGCUCCGCAAGACCAUCAAUCAAGUCCUAGAAACCAUCUUGGACAAUUCUCAAGAGACGCCAAAGAAUGUGCAGCACAACAAUGCGCAGAAUGCGGUGUUAUUUGAAGCGAUCAACCUGGCCAUUCACGUUGAUACAGAAUCAGCAGUCGUAUCCAAAGCGAGCGUGCUACUUGGCAGAUUCAUCCUCUCGCGAGAGACCAAUGUGCGGUACCUGGGCCUGGAUACCAUGGCGCACUUGGCAGCGUGCGCGGAAAGCCUGGAACCUAUCAAGAUGCACCAAGAGACCAUCAUAUUGUCCCUUAAGGACAAGGAUAUUAGCGUCCGACGGAGAGGUUUGGAUCUAUUGUAUAGCAUGUGUGACGUGACGAACGCUAGGGUCAUCGUUGCUGAGCUGCUGAGGUAUCUGCAGGUGGCGGACUACGCGCUAAGGGAGGAGAUGGUAUUGAAGAUCGCCAUCUUGACCGAGAAGUUUGCGACGGAGUACUCUUGGUAUGUGGACACAAUCCUCCAAUUGAUCAGUUCUGCUGGCGAUCACGUGGGAGAGGAGGUAUGGUUCAGAGUGAUACAAAUCGUCACGAACAACGAGGACGUUCAGGAGUACGCCGCCAAGCAGGUCUUCGAGUUGCUGAAGUCGCCCUCUUGCCACGAGAGCCUCGUCAAAGUGGGAGGCUACGUGCUUGGAGAGUUCGGCCACUUGAUCGCCAAUGAUGACGGCUCUUCUCCGAUCGAGCAAUUCCACGCGCUCCACUCGCGCUCGCACCUCUGCUCUCAGCCGACCAGGGCCAUCUUGCUAUCGACCUAUGUCAAGUGGCUCAACAUCUUUCCAGAGAUUAGGGAACAAGUGAUGUAUGUCCUCAAUCGGUACAGGCACGUCUUGGACGCAGAGCUGCAGCAGCGAGCCUGCGAAUACGUGGCGUUGGCACAGAUGGAUAAUGACGACCUGCUCCAAGCCGUCUGCGAGGAGAUGCCACCUUUCGCGGAAAAGUCAUCGCUACUACUGACACGUCUGCAGCGCAAGCAUGGGGACACGGGAGAUAAGCGGACUUGGAUCAUUGGAGGCAAGGAAGUAAAUCGAGAGCGCGAGCAAGCUCGAGAAGCGAGCAAGCAAAAGGGUCUCGCGAACGGCGGGGCCAUGCCGACAGGGCCAGCGACGACGAUCAUUCCUAGCAACGCCAGACCCGAUCUUGUUACUGCAGGAGCCAACGAGAACCACGCCACCUAUAAUGGUGGUUCAGGAGGGCAGGACGAUAUUUUAGCUGGUUUGCAAGGAUUAGACUUGAGUAGUGGCAACACCGCUCUCAUCUCUGCUGGCAGCAAUAGUGAAGCAGCCAGCAACCCUGUGGCAGCUGGUCAACCACUCUUGAGCAUUGGAACAAACGGACGCAUCUCUUCUGCAGGCGUUGUGGACUCACCGACGACAGCAUCUCCCAUCACUCCCCGAACGCCCUCAUCCGCCACUGCGAAUAAAUCCCUUGCAGCUCAGCAGACGACGGUCACUGCGGCUCCAUCCUUGACACCGGGUUGGAGCAGGAACUUCAACAGGCUGUGCUUCGUCAAUGAAGGCGUGCUCUUUGAGGAUCACUCGCUGCAGAUUGGUAUCAAGAGCACCUACACAGGGUCGAGUGGCAAGAUCUCGCUGUUCUUUGGCAACAAGCUUUCUGUGGGCUUCUCUUCGCUCACCGUGGUUAUCCGGUCUCAGCAACCGGAAGCUUUGAGCGUCGUGGCCCCAAAAUUACCCGCCAACACGCUAGGAGCCGGAACACAAGUGCAACACGACGUCGAGCUGGAGUGUCUGGAUUUUUUCAGCAAGCCUCCGUUAUUGAGGGUGGCAUACUUAGCAGGCAGCAUGCAAGAAAUCCAGCUGCGCUUGCCCUGCAUCCUCACCAAAUUUGUGCAGCCCGUGCAGCUGGACUCUACAAACUUCUUCGAGAGGUGGAAACAGAUUGGAGCAGCUCCUAGAGAAGCGCAAAAGAUCUUUGCAUUCAAGUUGACUAGCGCUGGAGAAAUUGAUGUCAAGCGGAACAAAAAAGUCGUCGCGGGGGCGAAUGUGGCCGUUUUGGAGAAUAUCGAUCCGAACCCUAAUAACAUCGUCGCGGCCGGCGUGCUCCACAUGGCUCAUGCAGGAAAGGUGGGCUGUUUGCUCAGAUCUGAACCAAACAAGGAAGCCAAGCUUUGCCGUUUGACCAUCAGGACCACCAAUGAUGUUGUCUCUGCAGAGCUGCUGAGGCUGUUCACUGCUGUGCUUGCCAUAGACGCGCAAGACAUCUGAUGACAGUUCGAGACGGACACUCGCCUUCUACGCGUCCUUGGUCUUGGCGUUCACUUGCUAAUCCUACACGCCCACCGACUCCUUGCAAUUGAUCUGAAUAUGUAUAAUGCGAUGUCCGUUCUGCCACCGGGUGAAUAAUGAUACAUGGACAAACUCAAGCUGCCAAGGCGCAGGUGAGAUGCUUGCGCAAGCACUCGUGCACGAUGCUCCGGGGCCAAGAGUGGAUUCGCAUCGCGAGGCAUCAAAGCACAGCGCGACGUUUCAGGCCUCGAGCGCACCGAUGAGUUCCCUCACUCCCACGACUUUUCCGCACUCUUUGCACGUCCUCUCUUGGUCGCUAGACGAAGCCCAAGCUUGAAUGACGGGCUUGAGCUGCGUGCCUAGAUCCGUGCAGAGGAAGCGAGAUUC